AUGGCUGCUGAAACACUAAAUUUUGGGCCGGAAUGGCUCCGUGCACUAUCCAGUGGGGGAUCCAUUGCUUCCCCUCCUCCCUCCCCCGCUAUGCCAAAGUAUAAACUGGCGGAGUAUCGCUAUGGAAGAGAGGAGAUGUUGGCACUUUAUAUAAAAGAGAACAAGGUUCCAGAUGAGAUGCAAGACAAGGAGUUUGCUGUGAUUCUGAACGAGGAGCCCCUACAGCCUCUGGCUCUCCUGCCUCUUACAGAGGAUGAGCAGAGGAACUUCUCAAUGUCGGUGAAUAGUGUCCCGGUCCUGAGGCUAAUGGGAAAGGGUGCCGUGCCACCUAGUGGAGGAGCAUCCAGAGGCCGUGGCACAGCACGUGGAAGGGGCCGCGGACGCGCUGAUGCGGGUGUAUACCAGCGCGCUGUAGAUGAUGGAGACUCCGGAUUUGGCCGUGGAGGACGGGAAAUUCACCGGAGUCAGAGCUGGGAUGACAGAGGGGACAGAAGAUUUGAGAAGCCCAUCCGGAGAGAAAGCUGUGCGAGUCGGGUUUGAGGAAGCCGCUCCUUCUUCACGGAAGGAAUUCGCCCGCUCGGACAGCGAUAACUGGCGCACGUUGCGUGACGGGCAGGAGGAAGACGAGGAUGGGAAUUGGAGGCUGUCUGUGUCCCGGAGAGAUGACCGCUGGAGGUCACUACCAGCCCCGGAGGGGGAGCAGAGGGUCCCCGCUCCGCUGGAUGGAGGGAUCACGGUGACCGUCGCAGGAAGUUCGAUUUCGAAAUGGUGCGGGAGGAAGGCAGUUCAACGCAGCGCGGAGGAAGAGGUUCAGAUAGCACACAGGAGGAUGAGAGGGACGGCCUUCCCGAAUGGUGUAUGGAGGAUGAGGAUGAUGAGAUGGGAACCUUCGACUCCUCUGGGGCCUUCUUAUCCUUCAAGAAAAACCCCAAGGAGACCAUUGUGGAGGAGCAGGAGCUGGAGUUCCAGGGGGUGGAUGAAGAAGAAGAGGAAGAGAAGGCGGAUAGCACAGGAGACAAGCUUAAUGGAGAAGAUCUGUCGGUCCCCUCUGAAGAAAUCUCCCAGGAGCCUUCCUCUUCCUCUCCUGACUCAGCCAAUCCCCUGUGGUCAUCGGGGAUGUUCGGGGAGUUGGAGAGCGAUCGAUGCCCGGAGAUUUCCUCCACCCCUGAAGCAGAAGGUGCAAUUCCCGGCGAGCAGACUCCGCUCCCAGCUGACGAUGGUGGAGAUUCUGGACCCUUUAUUCCCUCCCCCCUGUCCUCUUUGCCGCCUCCUUCCUCUAGUCCCCCCAUUGCUGCUACUGAAUUCUCUGUGGGGGAUCCAGAGGAGGACGAAGGCAUGAAGCAUCUCCAGCAGGAAGCGGAGAAGUUGGUGGCUUCUCUGCAGGAUUCUUCCCUGGAGGAAGAUGGCUUCUCUUCCACCCGCUCUCACAGUGCUGCUGCUCUGCCCCUCAGCCACGAGGCUGCCAUGAAAUGGUUCUACAAGGACCCUCAGGGGGAGAUCCAAGGUCCAUUCAGUACGCAGGAAAUGGCUGAAUGGUGCCAAGCUGGGUACUUUACCAUGUCACUGUUAGUGAAGAGAGGAUGUGACGAAGGCUUCCAGCCCCUGGGUGAGGUCAUCAAGAUGUGGGGACGGGUUCCCUUCGCUCCUGGGCCCUCCCCACCACCCUUACUGGGUAACAUUGAUCAGCAGUGCCUGAAGAAACAGCAGGAGCUCGCCCUCUACCAACAGCUGCAACACCAGUAUCUGCUGCAACUGCUUAGCAGACAGCAGUACUCCCAGCAGAAAUCCGGAGAUCUGACUCCGCAGCAGCAGCAGCAAUUGACACUGUUCCUCCAGCAACUGAACCCUUCAAAGUCCAGAGGUUCCGAUGCUGCCCUCCUUCCCUCUAUGAACAGAUCUCUCUCUGUGCCAGACACUGGAUCCCUAUGGGAUCUGAAUACCUCAAACACAACGACUGCAGGUGCGGACCCCAAUCUGUGGGACCUGCCAGUCACAGCUGUAUCUCAGGGGCCAAUAUUGGAGCAGCUGCAACUGCAACAGAAGUUGCAGGAGCGCAGAGACGCAGAACUCAGGGCUAAGCGUGAGGAGGAGGAGAGGAAGAGGAGGGAAGAGAAAAGGAGACAAGAAGAACAGAAGAGGAGAGACCAGGAGGAGGAGAUGUACAGAAGGAAGCAGUGCCGCCAGCAACAGGAAUUGCUUCUGAAACUCAUCCAGCAGAGCGGACAACAAGCUCCAUCUCCUCAAGUGUGGGCAGCUCAUAACAAGGGGCUCUCCCUGAAAGCCAUGUUGGAGAUGCAGGAGAGAGAGGGGCAGCUUCUAAAACAAAGAGGACAGACGUCCCGCAAUGUGCAUGGAGGUCUGGGGAUGAGUGGUGCCUCUGUCAUUCCUUCCCAAUGGGGGUCUGAUUCAGGCUCUCUGUGGGGAGGUCUGGAGAAGAGCCCUUGGGAGGAGAGUGUGAAAAGUGGAGCAAGUGCCAGAGGUCUGCGGAACAGUAGGAGUAGCCCAUCACUGACGGACUCGUAUGCGGUCAGUGCUCGCCGCAAGAAGACGGAUGAGGAAGAAAAGCUCUUAAAACUCCUUCAGGGAAUCAAACCGUCGGAUGGCUUCACUCAGUGGUGUGAGCAGAUGCUACAUAUGAUCAAUACAUCCAACAAUUUGGACGUUCCUACGCUGGUGGCCUUUCUGAAGGAGCUGGAGUCUCCGUACGAUGUUCACGACUACAUCCGCUCCUGUCUUGGGGAAACGCUUGAAGCCAAAGAAUUUGCUAAACAGUUUUUAGAACGAAGAGCGAAGUACAAAGCCAGCCAGCGACAGCAGCAGGAAGCUGCCUGGAUGGCUCCUCCCAUGUUUCCAGCAACCCAAAAUUCCAAGCCAGGCAGCGGAUACGACGUACAGAGCAGCAAGAUGAAGAGGCGGAUACACAUGUUACACUCGGAUCCCAGCAUCCUGGGUUACUCUCUUCACGGCUCCCCAAACGAGAUGGAGGCUAUAGAUGACUACUGA